GCGGGCGAGGAACUAGCUAGGCUGCACGCGUCCAGCCUGCCUGAUUUUUACCUCGCCGCCGUCUGAAUCCUCGGCCUCUCGUGACGGUCAUAUUGCUAAGAUGUCGCUUUCCAACAAGCUAACUCUGGAUAAGCUGGACGUAAAGGGGAAGAGGGUCAUCAUGAGGGUGGACUUCAAUGUUCCUAUGAAGAACAACCAGAUAACAAACAACCAGAGGAUCAAGGCAGCCAUCCCAAGCAUCAAAUUCUGCUUGGACAAUGGUGCCAAGUCAGUUGUUCUUAUGAGCCACCUAGGCCGACCUGAUGGUGUCCCUAUGCCUGACAAGUACUCCUUGGGACCAGUUGCUGUAGAACUCAAAUCUCUGCUGGGCAAGGAUAUUUUGUUCUUGAAUGACUGUGUAGGCCCAGAAGUGGAGAAAGCUUGUGCUGAUCCUGCUGCUGGAUCUGUCAUACUGCUGGAGAACCUCCGCUUUCAUGUGGAGGAAGAAGGGAAGGGGAAAGAUUCUUCUGGGAACAAGGUUAAAGCUGAGCCAGCCAAGAUAGAAGCUUUCCGAGCAUCACUUUCCAAGCUAGGUGAUGUCUAUGUUAAUGAUGCUUUUGGCACUGCUCAUCGAGCCCACAGCUCUAUGGUGGGAGUCAAUUUACCACAGAAGGCUGGGGGAUUUUUGAUGAAGAAGGAGUUAAAUUACUUUGCCAAGGCCUUGGAGAGCCCAGAGCGACCCUUUUUGGCCAUCCUAGGCGGAGCUAAAGUUGCAGAUAAGAUCCAGCUGAUCAAUAAUAUGUUGGACAAAGUCAAUGAGAUGAUUAUUGGUGGUGGAAUGGCUUUUACCUUCCUUAAGGUGCUGAACAACAUGGAGAUUGGCACUUCCUUGUUUGAUGAAGAGGGAGCCAAGAUUGUCAAAGACCUGAUGUCCAAAGCUGAGAAGAAUGGUGUGAAGAUUACCUUGCCUGUUGACUUUGUCAUUGCUGACAAGUUUGAUGAGAAUGCCAAGACUGGUCAAGCUGUUGUAGCUUCUGGUAUACCUGCUGGUUGGAUGGGCUUGGACUGUGGUCCUGAGAGCAGCAAGAAAUACGCUGAAGCUGUCUCUCGGGCUAAGCAGAUUGUGUGGAAUGGACCUGUUGGUGUAUUUGAAUGGGAUGCAUUUGCUCGUGGAACCAAAGCCCUCAUGGAUGAGGUGGUAAAUGCCACUUCCAGGGGUUGCAUUACCAUUAUAGGGGGUGGAGAUACUGCCACUUGCUGUGCCAAAUGGAACACUGAGGAUAAAGUCAGCCAUGUGAGCACUGGAGGUGGAGCCAGUUUAGAACUCCUGGAAGGUAAAGUCCUUCCUGGGGUGGAUGCUCUCAGCAGUGUUUAGUAUUUUCUUGCCUUUUUGUUCCUGUGCACGACCCCAAGGUCAGCUUAGAGCUUUCCACGUCUCUACAUGGCACUAGCUACAAUCCCCACCCCCAUGUCAAGAGAUGCAGCACAAGUAACCUUAAACAUUUGCACACAUCUCAGCUCAUCUUUUUACUGCAUUUUGGAUUUGUCAACAUUAAAGAUCCCAUUUGAAAGUAUUAGUGACAUUGUGCCUCCUAGAUUGCGUGUGUUAAUAUUUUGCCUGUCUUAAAGUGAGCUGUGGCUGUGUGUUUUUAUAGUGGCUUAUUCUGAUCAGUUUUAUCUACUUAGCAUGGAAACAAGGUUAAAUUACAAUUGAACGGAGUAAGAAAUACCAACUUGGUUACCUGUUAAAUAAUAAAACUAUCCAUUGAAAUCGGAA